UUGGACUCGCCGUCGGCCGAGGGCGACGAAGCGCUGUGAGUGUGAGGAGGCGGAAGCGAUGAGGACAAAGCCAAUCGCGCUGUUCAUGGCUUUUGGCACUAAAGGCGACGUUUAUCCUAUAGCUGCCAUAGCUGCGGCGUUCGCUUCCGAUCAGAAGCAGUACGAAGUUGCAUUUGUUACUCAUUCAGCGCACGAGAACCUGAAAAGCCAUUUGGGAGCAAAAGGAGUUGCAUAUUUUCCAGUAUCUUCACCUCCUGUUCUGUCUUCUCAUCAGGAUGACAAAGAAUCUGCGGAGGGGGCCUUUUCCCUCCAGAAAAAAGAGAUCACAAGAAGACACAGGCAAGAAUGUUUUUCCAUUGUUGAGAGGGUAUAUGGUGAGGGAUCGAUCAUGGAUGGUGAUCUAAUAGUCAUAAAUUUCUUUGCACUGGAAGGUUGGAGCCUUGCCGAACUUUUUCAUGUUCAUUGCAUUGUUGCUGCUCCUUAUGUUGUACCAUACAGUGCCCCCUCUUCUUUCGAACGUCAGUUUAGGGCGCAAUUUCCUCUUUUAUACAAAUAUCUUCAAGAAGGCCCAACUGGGAAGAUCGGGUGGGAAGAUGUUAUCCAUUGGAUGUGGCCACUUUUCUCUGAGGAGUGGGGAUCAUGGAGAAGUCUUGAUCUGAACCUGAGCUUCUUGCCUUUUACGCAGGAUCCUGUAACUGGUCUUCCAACAUGGCAUGAUAGACCUUUGUCUCCUUUGCUACUGUAUGGUUUUAGCCAAGAGGUUGUUGAGUGUCCUGGUUACUGGCCUUCAGCUGUUCGAGUUUGUGGUUUCUUGUUUCUCCCAUUCGAAUGGCAAUUCUCGUGUCUCGAUUGUGCAGAACUUUCAGCUUUGAAUAUUUCCAGGAAAUUGAACCCCCAAGAUGAGUUGUGUUCAAUUCAUGCGCCACUAAAAAGCUUUUUAGAUUCUUCAGAGGAUCCACCUAUAUUCAUAAGUUUGAGUUCUGUUGGUAGCAUGGGUUACUUAAGGAAUCCUGAGGCUUUCCUUCGGAUGCUUGGAAAUGCUUUGAGUAUCACAAAUCAUCGAUUUGUUCUCUUCUCUGCUGGUUAUGGAUCUUUAGAUGAUGCUAUCAAAAAGUUUGCUCAGAAGCCAUCACCAGUUUCUGACCAGACACACAAUAAUGAAGUUCAAACCUGCAUAUUUGAUGGCAGACUGUUUUGCUUCUCUGGUGAUGUACCAUACAGCUGGCUAUUUCCAAAAUGUGCUGCUGCCAUUCAUCAUGGGGGAAGUGGAUCCACCGCAGCUGCGCUGCAUGCAGGAAUCCCUCAGGUUAUCUGCCCCUUCAUUUUAGAUCAAUUUUAUUGGGCAGAGAGGAUGUUUUGGCUCGGUGUUGCCCCAGAGCCGCUGAAGAGUUCUUGCUUGCUCCCUAGCACAGAUGAUGAAAGCUCCAGCUUAAAAGCUGCAAAAGCACUUGUUCAGGCAAUUAGUGGUGCAUUGUCUCCUGAAGUUAAACUGCACGCAAGAAAAAUUGCUGAUAGAAUAUCUCUCGAGGAUGGUGUUUCAACGGCUUUACAGACAAUUAAAGAAGAAAUUAUAUCUGCAAAAUGAUGAUCAUCUCUCUCGGCUUUCUACCUUGGUCCCCCUCGCCUCUCACUCAUUAAAGACUGACCAAUUCAACCAUAAAAUAAUCAUACCAACCAAAAUAUCUCUCCCCAAAGUCCAAGUUUGGUGCAAGAAAAUUGCAGUGAUGGUGGGUUGGUGUGUUAGGCUUAAAUAUUUAUUGCACAACUUGGAAUGCCUCCCAGACUUUCUAUCCAAAAAUAUACAGUGGAUAUAUAUAGUGGGGCGGUUAGCGUGCUAGUAAAUAUUUUUCUUCAACACACGAUUGAAAUUAAUAAAUAUUAUUACUAUGUGUUGGUCAGUUAUAUUGUGAAUGUUAUGUCAUGUAUUUGUAUUGAGGUUCAUUGUGACAUAUAUUAUGUAAACUAUUACCCAAUGUUAGUUGAUCCUAUAUAUUUGUGUAUAUUAAAAUUCA